AUGUAUCCCAUUUCAAUGAACUCUGUGAUCUGUAUAUGGACCGUCGGACAGUGCAUACAUGACAACAUGGAUUGCCUUUUCCUUUUGCUCUGGAGUUUACAAGUCCCUCUGGUAAGCAGCACAUCAGUGAGAUUAUUGGCGAGUGUGUCGUUUGGGAACUUUAUAAAGGCUCUGCAGUUCUGUUGCUUCCACUCUGUAACAUCGGUCUCAUUUACCGGCGACCCCGGUGUCCUCUAUCAAGAUUACGAUUUUGCCACACCAGUGGAAGUGGACUCACUUGGAGGCUUCAUUUCCCACGAUGUGUCAAGACAUGGAAGGAGCAAGAGAUCCCUGUCAGAAGUUGGUGGUCCAGUGCAUUAUCAUGUCUCUGCAUUUGGCAAGGAAUUACACUUAGACCUGCAGCCAUCCCAUGUGCUGGUAGAGGGGUUUACCGUACAGACACUGGGUGCAGAGGGCAUCAAUACAGCCACCCUUGACCCUUCUAUUCAUAACUGUCUCUAUCAGGGUUCCAUCCAAAACCAUUCUGAAUCCUCUGUGGCUAUAUCCACCUGCACAGGUCUGUCAGGUCUGAUCCGGUUCUCCGGCGAGGAACUUCUCAUCACUCCACUACCGCAGCAUUUGGCUUUACAACACAACUACAGUGCCCCCUCUGGACAUCACCCACAUGUCAUCUACAAGCGAUCAGCUGAGCGCAGAAUGCACGCUGAUAAGACUGACUGGUCCAGCAGCGUUAAAUCAAACAACCCCUACGAGAGCCACCACCGUCAUCACCACCACCUCCACCAUCACCAUGAGUACCAGCACGGAAAGCUCCAGAGACAACACUUCUGCGGACGUCGCAAGCAAUAUACUCCCAAGCCUCCUACAGAGGAUCAUUUUGUCAUGCCUGAUGAGUUCGAGCAGCAAAGCCGGGUGAAGCGCUCAGAGAUUACAUCAAGCAAAGAGGGUGGCCUGAAUGUGGAAACUCUGGUGGUGGCAGACAGGAAGAUGCUGGAGAAACAUGGCAGAGACAACGUCACUACCUAUGUCCUUACUGUCAUGAACAUGGUCUCCAGUCUAUUCAAAGAUGGAACUAUUGGAAAUGAUAUCAACAUUGUUGUGGUCAGCCUCCUCCUACUUGAGAAAGAUCCGCUGGGUCUGUCUAUCAACCACCACGCAGACCAGUCACUCAACAGCUUCUGCCAGUGGCAAUCAGGCCUGAUAGGUAAAAAUGGCAAGCGGCACGACCAUGCCAUACUGUUGACGGGGCUGGACAUCUGCUCCUGGAAGAAUGAACCGUGUGACACCUUGGGUUUUGCUCCAAUAAGUGGGAUGUGUAGCAAGUAUCGUAGCUGCACGAUUAAUGAAGAUACGGGGCUGGGCCUCGCUUUCACCAUCGCCCACGAGUCAGGACAUAAUUUUGGAAUGAUCCAUGACGGAGAGGGGAAUCCCUGCCGGAAGACUGAAGGAAACAUAAUGUCUCCCACAUUGGCUGGGAAUAAUGGUGUUUUCUCAUGGUCUGCCUGUAGUCGGCAAUACUUGAACCGAUUUUUAGGUACAGCUCAGGCUUCGUGUCUAGUGGACGAGCCCAAGCAGAUAGGCCAGUACAAGUACCCCGAGCAGCUUCCGGGUCAGCUGUAUGAUGCUGAUAUACAGUGCAAAUGGCAGUUUGGCUCGAAAGCUAAACUUUGCAGCCUGGACUUCGUAAAGGACAUGUGUAAAUCAUUGUGGUGCCACAGAACAGGACACCGGUGUGAGACCAAGUUCAUGCCUGCUGCCGAGGGCACCAUCUGCGGACCAGACAUGUGGUGCCGGAGAGGACAGUGUGUCAAAUUUGGUGAUCAUGGUCCUAGAGCAGUGCAUGGCCAGUGGUCGGGAUGGUCCGAGUGGUCUGACUGUUCAUGCACUUGUGGUGGAGGGGUCAUGUACCGAGAACGAUCCUGCAACAGCCCCAGCCCACAGCACAACGGCAAGUUCUGCCAAGGCCCCAGUCGACUGCACCAGCUGUGUAACACCAAGCCAUGCCAGCCCAAUAGAGUGGACUUCAGAGCUCAGCAGUGCACCGAGUACAACAGCAAACCCUUCAGGGGAUGGUAUUACAAAUGGAAGCCAUACACCAAAGUGGAAGAAGAGGACAUCUGUAAGCUGUACUGCAUUGCUGAGGACUUUGAUUUUUUCUUCGCUAUGUCCAGCAAAGUCAAAGAUGGGACAUCUUGCUCUGACUACAAAGGAGGCGUGUGCAUUGAUGGGAUAUGCAAGCCGGUGGGCUGUGACCAGGUGUUGGGAUCAAAGGCCGCUUUGGAUGCCUGUGGAGUGUGUAAAGGAGACAACUCCACCUGCAAGUUCUACAGUGGCCAGUACACCCUCCAGCACAGAGCCAACGAAUAUUACCCUGUUGUGAUGGUUCCCGCUGGAGCGAGGAACAUCAGGGUGCAGGAGAUGGAGAUCUCCACCAGCUACCUGGCUGUCCGCAGUCUGAAACGUGGUACCUACUACCUGACGGGGGACUGGACGGUGGACUGGCCUGGCAGGUUCCAGUUCGCAGGCACUACGUUCAACUAUCAACGCUCUUUCAACCGGCCUGAGACCUUGUACGCUGCAGGCCCCACUAAUGAGACCCUGCUCUUUGAAAUUCUUCUUCAGGGUAAAAAUCCUGGCAUAUCAUGGGAAUACACUCUACCACAUCCGGAGAAGAAGCACAACUACACCUGGUACGUGGUGCGCUCUGACUGCUCGGCGCCUUGUGCUGGGGGUCGGGUCUCGACGAAAGCCAUUUGUUUGCAGCAUCUGAACACGCAGGUCAACUCUUCACUCUGCAACCCUGAGACCAGACCUGUGGUGGGCUCUCACCUGUGCAACACACAGCCCUGCCCUGCCUAUUGGACGACAGGUAAAUGGGGAGUGUGCAGUAGAACAUGUGGAGGUGGGCAGCAGACGCGAAACAUCCGCUGCAUGAGGAAGGUGACAUACCAGCGGGAGGAGGUGGCGGCUCACUCCUUAUGUCCAGUAAUGGCUCUGGCCCAACUACAGCCCUGCAACACACAGGCAUGUCCUCCAGAGUGGAGCACCGGCUCCUGGUCACAGUGCUCUAAGACCUGUGGGCGAGGGUUGAAGAAGCGCAGUGUUUUCUGCAGGAGCACCGAUCCAGGUGCCAGGGCUGUGGUGGUGCCUGACAGCAUGUGUAAAUUACACCUGAAGCCCAAAGCCCAGGAGACCUGUGUGCUGAGCCGCUGCCCCAAGAAUGAGCAUCUUCAGUGGAUAACUACCGCCUGGGGAGAGUGUUCGGCCUCCUGUGGAGCAGGAGUAAAGAGAAGAGAACUGCAAUGUGGGGAGAAAGACUCCCAAGGAGGCUACACAGAGUUCCCUGCAAGGAGGUGCAGGAACCUCCGCAAACCCCAAGCAGACCUUCAACAAGCUUGUAAUAAUGGCCCCUGCCCAGAGCCCCCACCUCCCCAGCUCCUCCAGCCUGGCCCAGACAGGGGUGGCGCUUCCGUGACUCUGGGCUGGUACUCCUCUCCUUGGCUGCAGUGCACAGUGUCCUGUGGUGGUUGGGUGCAGACACGUAGCGUUCAGUGUCUGAGACAAGGGCGUCUGUCAGUGGGCUGUUUACCUCAUCAGAGACCCAUAAGCACACGGGCCUGCAAUACACAUUUCUGUCCUGGUCCAAUCCCAGCCCCUGUCCCACCUCCCUCACCUACACUUAAAGAAAACCAGCCUUGCAUCGACUUCUUCAGCUGGUGUCAUCUGGUGCCUCAGCAUGGUGUUUGCAAUCACAAAUUCUAUGGUCAACAAUGCUGCAAGUCCUGCUCCGCCAAAAGACAGUAAAGCAGAAGACCUUCCCAUGAGCCUCCUCACUGACUCUGAGAUCUGUAAAUCAUUGUCAUACAGAUAACCACUAUGGAGUAUAGCAAGUUGAUAUUUGCGAGAUGUGGUAAAGAGGCAUUCCACUGGACCAUGUCUUGAGAGAUAAUGAGAGCCUGGUAUCCAAGGAACUCGAGGAACUCUGUACAUUGGAAAACUACACCUGGUUCUGGCUUCAUCAGUGGUGUAUCAUAACUAGAAUUGUGGUUCUUCAAUAACCAAUCUGCAGAACAUUUAUAUUGUAAAUAUCUCUGCUUGUUCUUUUAUGAUUGGAGACGUGACCAGAGGUUAAAGCCAUUAAGAGACUUCCAUCAUCAGUUCAUUUGUAUGCUACAUUGAAGACCACCAGAUGAACAUUGGUGUGACUGUGCUCAUCUGAAGUACUGUAGAAUUUCGGUCAAGUCUUUGAGCUCCAGGCGGACCCAUGAGACUCUAUGUUUACCAGCAGAUCUGUACAGAACUGAGGGAUGAUUCACACAGCGUUCCACUGUACUGCUUUUUAAUAAUUUCAUCUAUGUAUACAUGUUCUCGAUGGUUGUCCGUUGCUUCGUGUCUUGCUGCUUUUUUAACCUCUUGCAUGUGAGUGCUUUUUUUUAAGACAAGUGUCGAGUUAAGAGAAGUUGAACGUUUGGCACAGCUCAUAGAUGUCAGUUUCAAAACAGUGGGCCAAUCAGAGGAAACCAGGGGCACAGACAAACAUCAGUAACAACUGUACA